ACAUUUUUAAUUCUGCAAUAUAUUGCACUGUUUUCAAGCUACGGAAUAUCCUAUUUCACCGCAAUGUCUCGCGCACUCAAAGAACCGGAUUGCGACGUUAAACAACUUUUCGAUUCCCUGUGGGAUGAAGAGAUUGCGUACGGCUUAGCUAACGCCAGCAUGUCUAAUCAGCAAGCAAAGAGUGUUUUUUUCACUCGCGAAAUUAGACAUUAUCUUCGUGAUUUUCCGUACCGCGAACUGUUAGCCUUGCACAGUGAUGUUAAGAAUAACGCGAAAGCGGAUGAGCUGCGGAACUUGGGGAAUUACAUGUUUCAUCCGCGCGUCAAGCGCUAUAUUGAAGCCGUCAAAUAUUACAACGAGAGCAUCACCUACUCAGAAAAAGGAUCGGAGCAAAGAGCCCUAGCGUAUGGUAACCGGUCAUUGAUCUGUCUGGAGCUCCGCCAGUAUGAGGAUUGUUUGAAAAAUAUUCGUCUCGCGCGGGAUUCAAACUAUCCCGAGCGGCUUGCAGAAAAGCUUAAGAAACGUGAAAAGGAUGCUAAGCUAGCACUGGAAAAGGCAUCGAAGAAAGUGCCGAAAGGUCCAUCCAGGCGUACGCAUGAACAAGCGGAGCGUCAGCUCAAGUUAAGCUACGGUGCGCAUGAGAAUAUGCCGCAGGUUGCAAAAUGUUUACAGCUGCAAAGGAAUGAUCAAUUCGGUCGGCAUGUAGUGACUAAUCAUCGCUUAAACGUCGGUGAUGUCGUGAUGAUCGACAAACCGUUCGUUACGGUGUUGGACGACUUGCUUCGCUAUGUACGGUGUGCCUAUUGCUAUGAAGAAAAGAUUUUUACACUGAUUCCUUGUGAAGGAUGUACCCUGGCUAUGUACUGUUCGGAGCAAUGUUUGAGCAAAGCGUACCAACAGUACCAUCGCUAUGAGUGUGCGAUCAUUCGAGACAUGUGGCGAAUUUCUGGAGAUGUUCCCGUGGUUGCAAUACGCGCUAUUGCUUUGGCCGUCGCUGCCUUCGAUCACGAUGUACAGGCAUUGAAAGAGCAUCUGAAUGGCUUGAAUGAAGCGGGAAUAAACGCUUUUUCAAUGGACUGGAAAGCUGCUACACCAAAGGAUAUUUACGACGCAGUGUACGUACUAACAACAAACCAGCAGCUACGCCGACGUAAAGAUCUGGCAUUUACGAUAUUCUUCGCAACCAUCGUACAUCAGCUCGUGUUGGAAAGAACCGAGCUGGGAUCGAUUUGUGCCGUGGAUACCAACACGACGAAGCUGUUGUUCGAUCUGAUCCUGCGUCAUUUGCAAAUCGCAAAAUGCAAUCGACAAUGGCUAUGUUUCAUGGACUACAAGAUGGAACAGUCGUUGAACGAUAGUGAGGGAUAUGCAACGGGUUGCUUCCCGUUGAUCGGCAUGAUGAACCAUUCCUGUGCACCUAAUGUGAAGCGCAUCACUUUACGUGAUGGACGCUGCGCUAUCGUUGUGAUUCGUCCAAUUGCUGGAGGAGGCCAAUUGUUCGACAAUUAUGAGCGACACCAUUUGAAGAACGAUCUGGAGGACAGACAAACUGUAUUGCUGAAUAUGUUCAAUUUUCGGUGCGGCUGUGAAGCAUGCAUGAACGACUACCCUACACUGGAGGAGCUUCCGCAUAGAGGUAUUCCCUUUGAAAAUAUGCUACAUGGGUACAUGAUACAUAAGGAACUUGAGUCACAUGAUGUAAAAAAGGCGAUUAAGUACAUGUCGGUGUUGGGGGCGUGUUUGAAGAAGAAAGCAAACAAGUAUCCCGAGUUUGAAUUAUGCCAUAGUCAGGUGCAAUUUGAACGCUGCUUUCUAAUCUUGUAUAGUUACACUUCAAAGCUUCCAAAGUUCUGGAAGUAUUGCAAUCCUUAAUACUACCAUAGGGCGCUAUAAAAAUGUGUUCCAAUUGGGACUGUUUUUUAUUGAUGAGCUUACCAAUUUUUUUCGACAAGCUAUUAUUCAUUUUCAUUA